AUGGAAGAACAUACUGAUCUUCUACCCCAUGUGAUUAUCAUUCCGAGUCCAGGUAUGGGUCAUCUCAUACCAAUCACCGAGUUCGCCAAACGCCUUGUUCUUGAUCAUGGUUUCUCAGCCACACUCCUUAUUCCAACAGAGACUAAUUCUCCAUUUGAAGCUCUGAUUUCUCUACCACGUGAUAUCAAUACAAUCUUUUUAUCUCCUGUUGAUUUGAGUGACCUUUCUAAAGAUACUGAGAUCGGUACUCGGAUUACUGCGACUAUGAACCGGUCUCUUCCUUCGGUUUCUGACUCGGUUAGAACCAUUACUUCAACUCAUAGAGUCGUCUGUAUGGUUGUUGAUCUUUUCUCUACAGGUGCUAUUGAUAUUGCUAAUGAAUUUAGCAUCAAUAAUGCUUAUAUAUUUAUUUCAUCAACUGCUAUGCUUUUGUCUUCGAUUUACCAUGCACCCAAACUGGACCAGGCUUACUCUUGUGAGUAUAGAGAUGUACCUGGCCUGAUUCAGAUUCCAGGUUGUGUACCGAUCCGCGGGGCCGAUCUUAUGAACCCAUUUGAAGAUAGGAAGACAGAGGCUUAUGCAAGUUUUUUACAGUGUUGGAAAAAGUUAAAUUUGGGUAAGGGCAUCUUCAUUAAUAGCUUUGAGGAAAUUGAAUAUGGUGCUAUUGAGGUUUUGAAUGGGAAACAAUGGGAUAAUCCGCCGGUUUAUGCAAUUGGACCGCUUACUAGAACUGGUGUACGCGAUGGCGGAUCUGACGAGUUAGGUUGUCUGAAGUAUUUAGAUAACCAACCACCCAGCUCUGUUUUGUUUGUGUCGUUCGGUAGCGGAGGAACUCUCUCUGGUGAGCAACUAACUGAAUUGGCUUUAGGGUUGGAAAUGAGUAACCAAAGGUUUUUGUGGUUCUUAAAAAGUCCUGCUCCUAUUGACAAGGCUGCAAGUACAUGUUACUUGAGUGCCCAAAGUGUUGAGGAUCCUUCUGUAGUCUUACCAAAAGGGUUUUUGGAUAGAACCCUAGAUUCGGGUAUGGUUGUUUCUUCAUGGGCACCACAAGUUGAAAUACUUAGUCACAAAUCAACCGGUGGGUUUUUAAGCCAUUGUGGGUGGAACUCAACCCUUGAAAGCAUCUUGCAGGGUGUACCCUUAAUUGCAUGGCCACUCUUUGCAGAGCAGACGAUGAAUGCGGUUAUGCUCACAGAAAACAUGAAAGUAGCUCUAAGGCCUAAACCAAUGGAAAAUGGGAUUAUAGGACGUGAUGAGAUUUGUAAGGUUGUGAAGGAACUUAUGGAAGGUGAAGAAGGAAAGAAAGUUAAGAGGAAGAUGGGUGAACUCAAAAGUGUUGCGACUAGCACAUUGGCCGAAGGUGGCUCCUCGUUUAAAACAUUUGCCAAGGUCGUAAAUGUGUGGAAAAAAUAUUAG